GGACUACUGGUGACAAUUCUUGGGACCUGGCUGUGUUUUGUGCAGCAGCAGCAGCCGCCUUCCUUGGAGCAGACCCAUGUCCGUGCAUACAGCACAGACUUUGCCUGCUGCAGAACAGACCCCAUCCUGUAAAGGCAGAGCCUGAGGAGCCAAUGUGAUCCUGGAAAUCUUCAUGUGCAUGUGUGCCAGAGAAGGGGGAGAGAGAGAGAGACCUAGUGUGAAGGAGAGUAGGGGAGGAAGGCAGGCAGGGAGAGAAGGGAGCUUGCUUCACGCACUGCUGAAGGCUGUCAGAAGCAGACCAUACAAGCAACAGUCUGGCUGGUGCACAGUUUAAGGGACAACAAUCACUGACUUUAUUCAUUGAAUUGCUGAAGGACAGAUAUGACAUCCAGCUGCUGCUUCUAUGUGUUCUUGCUUAUUGGUACCAGAGUCAUCUGUGACUCUUUGGAAGAUCAUGUUUCUGGAACUGGGGUCAGGUGCCCCCUGGGCUACUUUCCGUGUGGCAACAUCACAAAGUGUUUGCCCCAGCAACUUCACUGUAAUGGUGAGGAUGACUGUGGGAAUCAGGCCGACGAAGAAAACUGUGAAGACAACAAUGGAUGGUCUCUGCAAUUUGAUAAACAUUAUACAAAGGACAAGUACAAUAAACUGAAAUCUCUGUAUGCAUUUCAGAAAAAGACACCUGAGUGCUUGGCUGGUGAUGUGCCAUCAGAGUGUACCUGCCAAGGGCUGGAGAUCUUCUGUGAUGCUGCCAAAUUACGAGCUGUCCCAUCAGUCUCUUCAAACAUAACCGUAAUGUCUCUUCAGAGGAAUCUGCUAAGAAAGCUUUCUGCUGAUGUUUUCAAGAAAUAUCAAGAUCUUAAAAAUCUGUAUCUUCAGAAUAAUAAAAUUAGAGCUGUAUCUGAACGUGCUUUCAAAGGAUUAUACAAUUUGACAAAACUAUACCUGAGUAACAACAAGAUAACUAGUUUGGAGCCUUUUGUUUUUGCAGACCUCCACAGACUUGAAUGGCUGAUAAUUGAAAAUAAUAGGAUAAAUCGGAUCUAUCCGUUAACAUUUUAUGGACUCAAAUCACUUAUUCUUCUGGAAAUGAUGAAUAAUUCUCUUGCUCGUUUGCCUGAUAAACCUCUGUGCCAAUAUAUGCCAAGACUAAACUGGCUAGACCUUGAAGGGAACCAUAUCCAUCAUGUGAGAAAUGCUACUUUCAUCUCCUGCAGCACUCUAACUGUAUUGGUGAUGAGACGAAAUAAAAUCAGCUCUCUAAACGAAAACAGCUUCUCUUCUCUCCAGAUGUUAGAUGAAUUAGAUUUGGGUAGCAACAAGAUUGAAUCACUUCCUCCAUAUAUAUUUAAGGAUCUAAAGGAGCUUUCACAACUGAAUCUUUCUUACAACCCCAUCAAGAAAGUACAAAUAGACCAGUUUGAUUUUCUAAUUAAACUCAAAUCCCUCAGUUUGGAGGGCAUUGAAAUUGCAAACAUCCAGAGAAGAAUGUUCAGACCCCUGAGAAACCUUUCCCACAUAUAUUUUAAGAAAUUCCAAUACUGUGGAUAUGCCCCUCAUGUGCGCAGCUGUAAGCCCAACACUGAUGGGAUUUCCUCCCUCGAGAACCUUUUAGCUAGCAUCAUACAGAGAGUGUUUGUCUGGGUUGUAUCUGCCAUCACCUGCUUUGGAAAUAUUUUUGUUAUCUGCAUGAGACCUUACAUCAGAUCAGAGAAUAAGCUGCACGCCAUCUCAAUAAUGUCUCUUUGCUGUGCUGACUGUCUGAUGGGAAUAUAUUUAUUUGUGAUUGGAGCUUUUGAUCUUAAAUAUCGUGGAGAAUACAACAAGCACGCUCAGUUGUGGAUGGACAGUAUUCACUGUCAAUUGGUUGGAUCGCUGGCUAUUCUGUCUACAGAGGUGUCAGUCUUACUGUUGACAUAUCUGACUUUGGAAAAAUACAUCUGCAUAGUUUAUCCUUUUAGGUGUUUGAAGCCCAGAAAAUGCAGGACAAUUUCCAUUUUGGUUCUUAUCUGGAUAAUUGGGUUUGCUGUUGCUUUCAUCCCACUGAGUAAUAAGGAAUUUUUCAGGAACUACUAUGGCACCAAUGGUGUCUGUUUUCCUCUUCACUCAGAACAAUCAGAAAGUUCAGGAAGUCAGAUUUACUCUGUUGUCAUUUUCUUAGGUGUAAACUUGGCAGCUUUUAUCAUCAUUGUGUUUUCCUAUGGGAGUAUGUUCUACAGUGUUCACCAAACAGCUAUUAUGGCUACUGAAAUUCGGAAUCAUAUUAAAAAAGAGAUGAUCCUUGCUAAACGUUUUUUCUUCAUUGUAUUUACUGAUGCACUAUGUUGGAUACCUAUUUUUAUUUUGAAACUCCUUUCUUUACUUCAAGUAGAAAUACCAGGUACCAUAACUUCUUGGGUGGUGAUUUUUAUACUGCCAAUAAAUAGUGCUUUGAAUCCUCUUCUCUACACUUUGACUACACGACCUUUCAAAGAAAUGAUUCAUCAGGUUUGGUACAAUUACAGACAAAGAAGAUCCAAAAGAGCACAUCAGUGCUUUCGUGCUCUUAAGCUGAUAAAGAAAGACUGCCUUCCAUCACCACGUGUCUCAAGAUGUGCAUCUACUGCCUCUGUGCCUCGCAUAACUACGCACUACACAAUUCAUCCUCGGGACAAAGACAAACGAUGGGAAGGGGUAAACAUGGAAAGAUUUGCAGAGGAAGCUGAUGUUGUCAUUGUUGGAGGAGGCCCUGCAGGCCUUUCUGCAGCUAUUCGACUCAAACAGUUGGCUGCUGAGCAUAGCAAAGAAAUACGUGUUUGUCUAGUGGAAAAGGCUUCUCAGAUUGGUGCCCAUACAUUGUCUGGUGCCUGUCUUGAGCCAAGGUCCUUAGAAGAACUCUUUCCAGACUGGAAGGAGCGAGGGGCUCCACUUAAAACUCCUGUAACUGAAGACAAGUUUGGAAUUUUAACAGAGACAUCUAGAAUUCCGGUGCCAAUUCUUCCAGGACUUCCGAUGGUUAAUCAUGGAAAUUACAUAGUACGUCUGGGCCACUUUGUGAGUUGGCUAGGUGAACAAGCAGAAGCUUUGGGUGUUGAGAUAUAUCCAGGCUAUGCAGCAGCUGAGGUUCUUUUCCAUGAAGAUGGUAGCGUGAAAGGGAUAGCAACUAAUGACGUAGGCAUUCAGAAGGAUGGAGCACCUAAAGCUACCUUUGAAAGAGGCUUGGAACUCCAUGCUAAAGUCACAGUCUUUGCUGAAGGUUGUCAUGGACAUCUAGCCAAACAGAUGUACAAAAAAUACAAUCUAAGGGAAAAAUGUCAACCCCAGAGCUAUGGCAUUGGACUGAAAGAGUUAUGGACUAUUGAUGAAAAGAAAUGGAAACCAGGAAGAGUAGAACAUACUGUAGGCUGGCCUUUAGACAGACAUACAUAUGGAGGAUCCUUUCUUUAUCACUUAAAUGAGGGUGAACCUUUAGUUGCUCUUGGAUUUGUGGUUGGUUUAGAUUAUCAAAAUCCCUAUUUGAAUCCAUUUAGGGAAUUUCAGAGGUGGAAGCACCAUCCUAGUGUACAGCCUACUUUGGAGGGCGGAACAAGGAUUGCCUAUGGUGCCAGAGCACUAAAUGAAGGUGGUUUCCAGUCAAUACCCAAACUCACCUUCCCAGGUGGAUUAUUAAUUGGUUGCAGUCCUGGACUCAUGAAUGUUCCUAAGAUCAAAGGGACACAUACUGCAAUGAAAAGUGGCAUGUUGGCUUCAGAAGCAAUUUUUAGUCAAUUAAUCAAUGAAAAUCUCCAAUCAAAGACAAUAGGACUUCAUGUGCAAGAGUAUGAGGAGAACCUGAAAAAGUCCUGGGUCUGGAAAGAGCUGUAUGCGGUUAGAAACAUCCGACCAUCCUGCCAUACCGUACUUGGUGUGUAUGGAGGAAUGAUUUACACGGGUAUAUUUUACUGGUUACUGAGAGGAAUGGAACCAUGGACAUUAAAACAUCCAGGACCAGAUUUUGCUCAGCUCAAGCCAGCCAAAGAUUGCACACCUAUUGAAUACCCAAAGCCUGAUGGAAAAAUCAGUUUUGAUCUCCUGUCAUCUGUGGCUUUAAGUGGUACAAACCAUGAACAUGACCAACCUGCACAUUUAACUCUCAAAGAUGACAGUGUCCCUGUGAGCAAGAAUCUGGCUGUAUUUGAUGGACCGGAACAAAGAUUUUGUCCAGCAGGAGUCUAUGAGUUUGUUCCUCUGGAAACAGGAGAAGGAUCAAGGCUGCAGAUAAAUGCUCAGAACUGCGUCCACUGCAAAACAUGUGAUAUUAAAGACCCAAGUCAGAACAUUAACUGGGUAGUGCCUGAAGGUGGAGGAGGACCAGCUUAUAAUGGGAUGUAAACUGACACAUAUAUUCAGUGACUUCUGAUCGCCAACAAAUAUGUUGGAGUAUUUUAUGCUGCAGUGUAAUUUAUGUACAGCACUGACUCGAAUGUUAAGAGUUUGAGACUAACAUGCCAUUCUGGAUUUUACAUGUGACUGUUGCAUUAAAUGGAAAAUUGGUGCCUUCUGAUUAAACCCUAGCCUUAUUUAAAUAGGACUUCUUUACAGGAGUUGUAUGGCAGGCAGAAGACUUAAGUUCUUCUUAGUACUGAUAAAGGAACUUCGGAUCUUGGAUUUACUGCUGAAGUUCAGUGAUAACAAGCCAUAUCCAGAAUUGUGCUUACAAUGGAAGAAUUUAGUACCCACCCUUAAAAGUUUUUUCUCUCUCUAGCUGGAGUGAUUUACUAUAUGUAAUCCUACCUUGCGGACAGGGAAAUACAUCAGUCUAGAAACUUGUCAGUGCUUUUAAGUGUUACACAUUUUACAUCAAAUUUACAGUUAGAUUUUUUUUCCUGAUGUUAAUAGGGAAUACAACCUGUAAUGUGGUUUAAAAAAAAAUAAUACUUGCACCUUCAUUCUAUGUCUACCAUUUUUAUUCCUUACAAGAAAUCAGGCCUUCUCUAAUAAAAACUCUACUAAGAAAAUGCCUAAAUCGUCUUAGUGUGAAGUGCUUCUUAGGAAGCACUAUUAAGCUGGGAAAACACAACCACUACUGAGUUGCAAAACACAAGUUACUACAGCUGAAAAAAAAAAAAGAAAACCACAACAUCUUUGAAUAGUUUGUCUUUAUUAUUAGACUUUUUGUGUUGUAAACACUGAAAACUGCAGCAGAGAGCAAAUGAAAGAAGCAGCUCUGUUUAUCCUUUUGCAUGAGUUAGUGCAUAGAUUUAAAUGUUUAGGAAAAAAAUCAAGCAAACAUUUUAGCAUAAGCUGCUUUCUCUUUCUCCUUUUGGGCUUUUAUCUUCUGCUUGAUUUUGAGUGUUUCCGUCUGGAUAGCUGAUUAAAAAGAAAAAUCAUGACAGUUACAGUAAUCACUUACAUUAGGUCUCCUAAUAGUUUAAGACCAGGUCACAAUGCUGGAGCGAACUUACGUUAUUUCAUUUAAUAAAACUGCAUUCAACCUUGGAUUAGGUCAGAUAGUAGCAGCAAAAAGCCUUGUCCCUGACCCUGUGUUAUCUGGUAAGGUCACUACGUAGAGGAGUGUAUAGCAAGCACAGUAUUGGUGCUGACACAGAAUUUAUGAGCUAAAAAUCUCAUCCACUUUGACCAGGAAACUAAGCUAGUAAGAGCCCUGGGAGAUAGGGACACGGUUCAAGAGGAAUGCUGUUGACCUACAUAAGUAGGUGUUCCAGUGCAACAGAAGCAUCACUCGCUGUAUAAAACCAGGUUUUCCACCUCAGUGGGCUUUGUGCUCAAUACAUCAGUGUUUAAGAAGCCAACAUUUUAGGCAUCACGCUGGUAUAAAUUCCUACUAAAUACUACCCUGCAUACAUUGUUAAAUUCUUAACAGAUUUUAUGACGAAACAGUUUUAUUUUACCUUUGUCUUCAGGGGCUAUUUCAUGAGCCUUUUUAAGAUCAGCCUUAAAUAAAAGAGAAAUAUAAAUUAA